CCCGGCCGCCUCGUCUCGCCGCGCCUCUCCUGCACCCCCGGACGGCUCCUCCGGGUGCUCUAACACGGGGAGGCGGUGCAGCCCCGCCCUCCCCCGUUCUGGCAGUUCACCUGCCGUCCCGAAGCGUCCCUGCAGCGGGCAGGGCCUGUAGCCAGCCCGGCCCUGCCGCCACCCUCUCGGGCAGAAAGGAACAAGUGCCCCACAGGGUUGCUUGUCGGACGAAGUUCUGACAAACAACUGAGGCAGAUUUAUGUGGUCUCUAGGCGUCUGUUGUGGAGGUCCCCCGCUAUUGUUGGGGACAGCGGGGAAGGAGACACAAGGCGGGACACCAGGCUGGCUGUGCGUACGGUGAUAUUUGCAGAAAACAGUCGCCGGAUAAAAAGCCCAGAGAUCAAGGGGCAGAGCCCAGAACCACGGCUCUUUCAGCUCAAGCUGUCGCCUCUGUACAGAAAUCACAUCUGGUUGUUCUAUUAGUUGAAAGCAUCCAUAUGGCCAGCAGAUGCACUUAAAAGGCAAAGAACAGUUCUGCAGUACCUGAGAAUGGAUAAAGACUUCCGCUACUACUUCCAGCACCCGUGGUCUCGCUUAGUUGUGGCUUACUUAGUCAUCUUCUUUAACUUCUUAAUAUUUGCGGAGGACCCAGUAUCCCACAGUCAGACAGAAGCCAAUGUUAUUGUUGUUGGUAAUUGUUUCUCCUUUGUAACAAAUAAAUACCCUGAAGGAGGAGGCUGGAUAUUUUUGAAGGUGCUUCUGUGGCUCCUUGCUGUUCUCACAGGACUGAUUGCUGGGAAAUUUCUCUUCCAUCAGCGUCUGUUUGGUCAGUUGCUCCGUCUGAAAAUGUUUCGAGAGGACCACGGGUCUUGGAUGACUAUGUUCUUCAGUACCAUCCUCUUCCUCUUCAUUUUUUCUCACAUUUAUAAUCUGUUCCUCAUUAUGGCAGGAAAUAUGAGUGCAUACAUCAUAACAGACUUCAUGGGCAUGAGGAAUGAAAAUUUUAUGAAGAUAGCUGCAGUUGGGACUUGGAUGGGAGAUUUUGUCACAGCAUGGAUGGUCACUGAUAUGAUGCUUCAGGACAAACCCUACCCAGACUGGGGAAAGUCUGCCAGAGCUUUCUGGAAGAAAGGAAACAUUAGGAUAAUUUUAUUCUGGACUGUUCUGUUUACUCUGACCUCUGUAGUUGUGCUUGUCAUCACUACUGACUGGAUCAGCUGGGACAAGCUGAAUCGUGGAUUUCUGCCAAGUGAUGAGGUCUCAAGAGCCUUCUUGGCUUCUUUCAUCUUGGUGUUUGACCUUCUGAUUGUCAUGCAGGACUGGGAGUUUCCACAUUUUAUGGGUGAUGUUGAAGUGAAUCUUCCAGGCUUGCCAUCUGCACACAUGCAGUUCAAAAUACCUUAUUUCCAGAAGAUCUUAAAAGAGGAGUAUCACAUACAUAUAACAGGCAAAUGGUUUAACUAUGGAAUUAUCUUCCUUGUUUUAAUCUUGGAUCUGAAUAUGUGGAAGAACCAAAUAUUUUACAAACCUCAUGAAUAUGGUCAAUAUAUUGGUCCUGGACAGAAGAUCUACACAGUGAAGGACUCAGAAAGCUUGAAAGACCUUAAUAGAACUAAGUUAUCUUGGGAGUGGAGAUCAAAUAACACUAACCCAUUGACCAACCGGACCUAUGCCGAAGGAGACAUGUUCUUGCACAGCAGAUUCACAGGUUCUAGCCUUGAUGUCAAAUGCCUGGCUUUUAUUCCAAGUUUGCUGGCUUUUGCUUUGUUUGGUUUCUUCAUUUGGUUCUUUGGUCGAUUUCAGAAAACUGACCAAGGCAUGGAGAAUUUAGACAAAUCAUACACAAGAAUGAAACGAAAGUCACCAUCAGAUAUGGGAAUGACACGUGAAAAUACACAGGUGUUAGUAGAAGAACCAUUAAGUUUUCAAGAACCACAUCUUGUGUCUAUAAAAUCAGACUUAAGUGAAAUAGUUUUUAAUUCUUCUCUCCUAACUUCUGAAAACUUGAAUGCACAACUGAACGAACAAGAUAGCCCAUUACAGCCAGUACCAGAGUCCUCUGUCCCUAAGAGUAAUCCUGUGACAUAGAGGCAAAAACCCAGGAAAAUCAGUUGAAAUAAGAAGUGACUAUAAGAUUUCAGUUUUACCUUUUGUAAGUUAAGAUUUACAUAGUGUUUAGAAUAAAAAAUUCAACCUAUACCAAAAGGUGCUCAGCAUGCUUUUUCUAGGAAUUUCGUUUUUUAUUUGUAUUAUAUAGUACGUGCCUACUGUAUAUCUAACAUUCCUUUAUAGAUUGCUUCCCAAAAUUGCACAAGCUAUUUAUUAAUACAUUACCUUAACUGUAUAAUAGUGUAUUAGAUUAUUACUUGCAGGUAUAAAAUUCUACCAUGGUGGUGCCUUGAGACAUUAAACUGUUUUUUAACUCAACACCAAAUGUAUAGCACAGUUCUUCUAAUCUGUUUUGCAAAGCUUUUUGUAUAUGGUUAUUUCAAGUAUCAUUUGAUGUCUUAACAGAGGAGAUAAACACAGCUAUUCCUAAAGAAGGGUUUCUGUUAGGACAUCACAACUUGACUUUGUUAUUUACUCAUCUGUGAAGCCAAUGACUUUGAUGACCAGACUGCAGAGAAGCAUGUUGAUUACCUUUUAAUUUUUGCUGGGUAGCUGCCAAGCACAAAUACAGAUUCAUUAUGCAGUAAACAGCAGAGUGAUAAUACAGCAUGGGUCACUACUUGUGAAAAUAUUACUGUCUCCAUCAGUAAAAGCAAUUAGGUGAUAAUGCCUAAUUAUAUUUUUCAUAAUUGAAGAUAAAGUGCUCCUUGAUUAAAAGUUUUGCCCUUCACCUUUUAGAAACGGAGGUGAAAAUACAUGAUUGAAGCAACUCUUUCCAUCAUCAUACCUAACCUAUGCAACAUCAAGGAGCCAAUUGAAUGAUUACAGUAAAGGACACAAAGCCCAUUAAAUCCGGUAUUUGUGCACUUUGGGCAUCAGUGAAACAUACAUAGAAACACGUCACAUAUAGACAAUCUAACUUCAAAUAGAGAGAAAAUGCUUAGGGAUUUUAAGUAAAAUAGAUUAAUCAUUUAAUUGUAUUGUACCCUUUUUUUUUUUUUUUUUUCCUUUUUUUCCUUCAUCCAUUAUCCAUGAAUAAGUGUAACCUGGAAGCAGAAACAGAGAACUGGGUUUUUUGCUUAUUUCAAGGGGACUUUGUAAUGUGAAUUCUCUGCUGUAUGAUCAAACUAUAUGUACUAGAGAAAUAGCAUAUCUAAAAUAUCAGAAAGACUCUGAUUUGCCUCUAAUUUAGUUCUAUAAAUUGUUGUUACAAGGUACUAAAUAAUAAGUAAUUUUUAAGUCUGAAUUAUUUCCCUGUCAUUUACUGGUGUUGCUGUAUUUUGUCUUCAUGACUUUUUUAUCUCCGUUGUUUUGAUCUAUCUGCUUUUAAGUUUUUGGAAUGCUGAAUUUAGCAUGCAUAAUAGACCUAUGCAUUUAUUAACUGUCACUUGAGAGCCAGUUUUAAUAAACAUCAUUCAACAAUUGUUUA